AUGGCGAUGCGACAGGACGGGCAGAGAGUGACACAGACCCUGUCAGGAGAAAGGAGGCAGGAAGAGAAACAAAGGAAUGCAGCAGAAGAUUUUCAGGUUGGCGUAUUGUCUGUAUCGGUGCUUGUAUUAUGUAACGACAGCGACAGCCUUGCGACCUCUAGUACUAAAUCUUCUUCCAAGCGAGGCCUCCUUGGACUGACAGGAGUGCCUGGAGUUUUGUACAGUCCCCAAUUCUCUGGGCCUCCUGUACAUACGGUCCCCGUACCUCAUCCGGUUCCGGUUCCGGUCCCUCAUCCAGUUCCCGUGCAGGUCCCCCGACCGUUUCCUGUCACCGUGCACAAGCCAGUCGGACUGCCCGUUCCUGUCGGAGUUCCGGUCCCAGUCAAUGUUCCCGUUCCUAAACCUUACCCUGUCCCAGUUCCUGUCAACAUCCCUCACGGACCUUCCCCUUUACAUGCUUUCGGAGGAGGACCGUUUGGUACACAUCCCACCGGCUUCGAUGGAGGAUUUUCCCACGCGGCCCUUGGUUCAUAUUCGGGGAAGUUGGGCUACGGUCUGGGUGUCUACUCGCAUCCUGGCGCUCCAUCGUUGCCCCUCGCACAUCCCGGGUUAGCGGCCGAACUCGCCUUGGCCUCUUCCUACUCGCCGGCCGGCCUUCCCCUACCACCACACGGCGUCGACCAUCUCAAGUACUGA